CACAGGCCGGGGCUGGAGCAGCUGCGGGGGCGGGGCCGGGAGAACAAAGCCCAGAGCCCUGGCAGCUCCUGGGUGCGGGGCAGCUGCUGCUCCCCGGGGUCUGUGCGGGGGGAGCCCGGCAUUAACCCCUCCGUGCCCGGCCGGGGGGGCUUUCUCCAGCUGGGACCCGCCCCCUGGGCAGCCCCGGGCCGGAGCCCCCGCGGCUGCAGAAUGAUGUCCAUGGUUUGGUCCAGUUCAUCCCGUCCUCCCAUGGGACAGGGGAGAGAAAUGGCUGCAGAGGAACCUGUUCAGGGGCCGGUGACCUUCGAGGAGGUAGCUGUGUAUUUCACCAGGGAACAGUGGGCUCUGCUGGACCCGAUUCAGAGAGCUUUCUACAGAGAUGUCAUGCAGGAGAACUAUGAGAAUGUGACCUCGCUGGCAGGGUUUCCUGUUCCCAAACCUGAUGUGAUCUCCCAGCUAGAACGAGGGGCAGAGCCGUGGCUCCUGGAUCUCCAGGGCUCUGAGGAAGGAGAGAUCCUGAGAGCUGCCUGUGCAGCAGGUGCUGGGAUGGUGAGUGAGAAAGAGGAGCAGAAUCCUCAGCAGGAAGAUGCUGAACAAGUGGAAGCACAUGGGGGAUUAUCGCAAGGAUCCCAAGGGAAUGUGUCCAGGCGUCAUGUGCAGGGAAAAGCCUCUGAUUGCCAGCACAGGCCAGAGAGGCAGCAGGGAAACCAGCCAGGUGAGAAACUUGGUAAAUCCAUUAAUUGUCAGGAGACUCACACAGACCUCAAGGAAAUCACAGCCCAGCAGAGAACGCCCACAGGAGAGAGAAAAAACACAUGCACCGAGUGUGGGAAAGACUUCAGUAGCCACUCAGACCUUAUAAAACAUGAGCGAAUCCACACUGGAGAGAGGCCCUAUGGAUGCGGGAUGUGCGGGAAAACCUUCAGCCAGAGCUCCCACCUUGUUCGGCAUCACAGGAUCCACUCAGGGGAGAGACCCCAUGAGUGCGGCAAGUGCGGGAAACACUUCACUCUGAGCUCCGCUCUGAUUAGACACCAGAGGAUCCACACGGGAGAGCGACCCUAUGAGUGCAGUGAGUGCGGGAAAACCUUCACUGACAGCUCUGCCCUUAUUAAUCACCAGAGGACCCACACGGGAGAGCGACCCUAUACAUGUUGUGAGUGCGGGAAACAGUUCACUCGGAGCUCAGGGCUUAUUAUACAUCAGAGGAUCCACACAGGAGAGAGGCCCUAUGAGUGCUGCAAGUGCGGGAAAAGCUUCACUGUCAACUCAGACCUAAUUAAUCAUCAGAGGAUCCACACAGGAGAGAGGCCCCAUGAAUGCUGCGAGUGCGGGAAAAGCUUCACUCAGAGCUCGGCCCUUAUUAGACAUCAGAGGAUCCACACAGGGGAGCGACCGUAUAAAUGUUGUGAGUGCGGGAAAAGCUUCACUGUCAAGUCAGAUCUUAUUGGACAUCAGAGAAUCCACACGGGAAAGAUCCCCUAUAAAUGCUCUGAGUGCGGGAAAACUUUCACGCAGAGCUCAGCCCUUAUUACGCAUCAGAGGAUCCACACAGGAGAGAGACCCUAUGAAUGCCGUGAAUGCGGGAAAAAAUUCACUGUUAAGUCAGACCUUAAUAGACAUCAGAGGGUCCACACGGGAGAGCGCCCCUAUGAGUGCUCUGAGUGCGGGAAACAGUUCAGUCAGAAAUCAAACCUUAGUGCACAUCAGACAAGCCACACAGGAGAGACACCUUAUCAGUGCUGUGAGUGCGGGAAAGGCUUCAGUGUGAGCUCAGCCCUUAUAAUACAUCAGAGAAUUCACACGGGAGAGAGACCCUAUCGAUGCUCAGUGUGCGGGAAAAGUUUCAUCCGCAGCUCACACCUGAAUAGACAUCAGAGUCUCCACUGGAGAGAGAGACAGCAUCAAAACUUUGUGUAGGGCAGAGAAAAGAUCAUUUUUAAAACACAUUUGCUAAUUCCCACACAGUGACCUUUUGGUUUGUUUGCACCGUUUGUGUCACCCUGUUCUCUCAGCUCCCUCAUGUGAGUUGCCCACUUUUGCCUUUUUGCAGGUCGCCUUCUCUGGGGUGAAUCCCAUGGUCCUUUCUACCAACUCCCUUCUCCAGUGAGUCUUGGGAGUGUGUGUCCCUCCUGCCAGGAGUUUCCAUCAGCCCGAGGUGGGGGAAAUAGGGGUGAACGCAAGUAGCUAAACUGAGCUAAAAUUGAUCUGGGCUUUGUCUCCUCCAGGAUUUUCCAGCCUAAUGUAAGUGCACCACUAUAUGUGCAGUGCUGACAUAGCCCAGGCACAGGGGUUGGGAUUACCUAUCACCUUCCCUUUGACCUGUCCUAAUCAACAACAAUUUUCCUGGUCUGGACGAGCCCUGAGCAUCUCAUUUGUACUGUCACUGCACUAUCAGGGCGAUUGUUAGUCACCAAGUUCCCCCUUUUGGCAACAGAUUGUCUCAUCCCCUGUUGUUCUCACGCUAGUCCACGUUGUGCUGGGCAGCAGGUUGUUUUCUUUUUACCACUUUCCUUAUUGAAAAUCUAUUUCAAUAUAACCAAGAGGAGGAGCAGGAGUGGGACAAAUGUAUCAUUUCAGCCUCUGCUACACCAGAAGGAAAUGGGGUGAGUCGGCGGGAUUCCCUCCUUCCCCAUCACCGUCACUAGGCCCGCUCACUCCAGCAGCACUGGUGUCUGUCUGAGCCACAGUGGAGUUUAUCCACCUGUAUUCUACCCUUCCACCUCCCAAACAUCAUAAUAGCAAUUUGAUCCUAAAUCCAACUCGUUAGGGCUGGAGAUGAAGGUGUCCCAGACCUGGAUGGGGAAUUCCAAUGAAUCCCAACUGUGAUCAUUCCCAGUUUAAAUCCCAGUUCCUGUCUAUUGACAGAACCACUUCUGGGCUUUUCCCUGCUGAGCUGGGCUCGUUUGCAGAUGAGAAGGUUGGCAGUUUUUCCCUAUUACAAUGUUGUUUUUUUCAGGGCCAGCUCUAUGUACCAGCAAAACAAGCAGGUGCUUGGGGCGGCACAUUUGCAGGGAGCGGCAUUCCAGCCAUCCUUUUUUUUUUUUUUUUUUUAAACUCACUUCCUCCCUUCUCGCAACACUGCAGAAGCGGAGAACCCACAGGACCCUGGGAGCUGUAGUUCCUUGCCUAGCUCCCUGCCUAUAGAGCCAGCCCUGGAGCAGGGAAAGAACUACAUUUCCCAGCAUUCCCUUGGCAGCUAUCAACAGGAAAGGAAGCGGGAGGGAGUUGAGGUAGCUGAGCCAUGCUGCAGCUUGCUGUGAAUGGAGAGCUGGCUGCUAGAACGGGGUGGCACUGUGAGUGGGGGACAAGUGUGCCCAGCCCAAGGAGUAGAAGGCUUUGCCCCAGAUAUCCCCUUCAGAAGACUUCCCCAGACUGGCUUAAGGAUACUGGUGUGACCUCACCUUGCAGCCUGCAAAGAAGGAAUUGGCUGGACUAAAUGGACAGUGCACCUCUCUAUAUGAAGCCUAGCAAGGGAGGUAUGUGGAUCCCACUAGAAUUUAAAAUGAAAAGUAAGGGAGGGGAGGCUCUGCUAGAGGACUUGGGCAGCUUUAGAUACAGUACCAGGCACAUAGGAGGAUUUCCACUUCCGAGCCAUGGAAGCAGCAAUUGACUUUUUCUUUCCAGAUUUAGCUAAUAUUCAGAAAGGGAAUCUAGCCCUCAAAAUUCAGGAGUGCUCAAGCUCAAUUUGGGCAGCUGUUACUUCAUUUCUCCCAAAUCAAAUAUACUGAUCCACUGUAACUUGCUGUAGAAAAAGUAGGAUAAAAUUGAGCAAGAAAUGUUUCCCAGUGAUUUUUAGGACUGGAAUUGCUAUUUUCAACAGCCAUUACCCUUUUUAGUUUUAUUUGUUUAAAAGGAAGACAGUGAUAUUGCAUUGGCAAAUUCCCCAUAGAAACAAAGAGUGGAACAAAAGAAUAAUAAAGGCACCUCUAAUUUUCCUCA